AUGGAAGCCGUUACAAGAAGAAGAUGGAACUUACCAAAACCAGGUCAGCAACAGAGGAUUGCAUUGCAGCGAGGAAACGCUUAUCCCUUGGUGGGUUUUCAAAUUGAAGAACAAUCCAGACGAAGCCCCCAGAAAAUUCCAAAACUUGCCUCUUGGAAUACUGAAAAAACCAGAAUCAUAAUGGGUUUGUUGUUCUGCUUCUAUGGGAGUGAGUUUCAAUGUUUGGACCCUUCUUCUGGUUUCAGCUACUUGUUCAUGACUACGUUGUCGACAAUGCGUGAAGGGUCCCUUUUGUCUUUAUUGGUUUGUUGUCCUUCACACCUCAGUGGAGUGUGGAAUUUCUGA